UGUACCGUGUCCGAAGUCUCUGGUCAUCUCCUGUACUGUGUCCGCAGUCUCUGGUCAUCUCCUGUACUGUGUCUGCAGUCUCUGGUCAUCUCCUGUACUGUGUCCGCAGUCUCUGGUCAUCUCCUGUACUGUGUCCGCAGUCUCUGGUCAUCUCCUGUACUAUGUCCGCAGUCUCUGAUCAUCUCCUGUACUAUGUCCACAGUCUCUGAUCAUCUCCUGUAGGUGCGUCUUAUGG